AUGUCUGUGUUUGGGUUAUCGUCACAACUAAUGCUUUGUUCCUGGCUGGUCCCGCUGAAAGCUUCACAACAAAAAGUUCAGGGAAAAAUUUUCUCAAGUGGAAAGUUCUGUAACACAACCAGAAACAUCACGGUCCUGUCUGAUGGUUCCAUAUCAGAUACAGACUUGAAGUUGUGUACAGGCAAUCUAGAUCCCUGCUUAGGAGUAAAUAGCAGUGCCCCCCAACCUUUAGUUAUCCUAACAUCUGAACUUCAGGUCAUGUGUGACACAGUGUCAGACGGUGGAGGAUGGACCAUUUUCCAAAGACGUGUUUCUGGGACUGUAGAUUUUUACAGGAAUUGGACAGAAUAUAAAAAUGGGUUUGGUGAUUUUAGUUCAGGUAAUUUUUACCUGGGCAAUGAAAUCAUUUAUCUCUUAACGUCAAACCGCCAAACAGAACUGAGAGUGGAUAUGACCUUCAGUGGCACAAAUUAUUUCGCAAAAUAUUCCAGCUUCAAUAUUUCUAGCGAGACAGACGGCUACAGGCUACAUGUUGGAGGCUACACAGGAAAUGCCGGGGACAGGCUAGCAGUCCACAAUGAAUACCGCGACCUUGGUGGAAUGGUGGACUGGAGGUAUCGCAGUUAA